AUUGCACAACAAAAGCUCACUCCACAACAGGAGGACAAGCUUGUCAAGUAUAUAGAGGAGCUUACAGCUUGCCGUCUACCUCCUACAAGGGAAAUGAUAGCAAAUUUUGCAUCAUCAAUAGCCACAGAGCCAGUCAGCGAGAGCUGGGUUACCCGCUUCAUCAACAACCACUCAAUCCAUCUCAUCUCUCAAUACUCAACAGGUAUGGACAGCAAUCGCCACAACGCCGAU